AUGUCUUCCCUCGCGAAAACAAUCGUAGCAACCGGUGUUUCAUCCGGCAUCGGCUUCGAAGCAGUCAAACAGCUCCUCAGCCAGAGCCAACCAUACAGAGUCAUCCUCGGCGCUCGCAACACUAAAAAUGCACAGAAAGCUUACGGUGAGCUUAAGUUCGACCGUGAAUCUCAUGGAGUCACUGUUCUUCCACUGGAGUUGAAUGAUUUGAAGGGCGUAAAGUCUUUUGCGGAACAGACGCUUGAUAAGAUUGGCAAAGAGAAGAUUGAUUACUUGCUGCUUAAUGCUGGACUGGGAGGUGUCGCUGCGGAGGGCCCGGGACCGCAUGGGUCGAAGUGGUGUGAAUCCCAUGUUGUAAAUCAUCUCUCGCAGCAUUAUCUCGUCCAUCUCUUGAGGGAGAAGUUGGUCGAGUCCAAGUCGAGGAUCGUGUUUGUUUCGUCCGGCGCUAUUCGACGAGUCUCUGAUCCCAGUGUACUUGACACAGAACUCAAAGCCGGAUCUGGUGCCUCCGCCAGCACGACAUACUGCAACACCAAAUUCACCGGCCUUUUGGGCGCACAGUGGUGGCGUCGCCAACUCGCCGGUACCAACGACGUGGUCGCUGUUUCACCAGGUCUCAUCCCUGGGACAGGUCUCGCGAACCGUAUGGGCAUCAAAGCUGAAAUGGCUGACGCGAAGUCGAUCCCCGAGGGUGCACAAAGUGUCCUUGCGGCUAUGACGCGAAGUGACUUCCCUGAGGAUCGUGAUCGGAUCUUCUUGACGAGUUGGGAGUUGCAGGAUAAGUGGUGUCCCAGUAAGGAGGACAUUGAGCGCCAGGCUGAUAUUCUAUCCUGA